AUGGCUUUUGUCGGAAGGCCCUACAAGGCAGAUUUUUUACCUCCCAAAAAUGUCGCUGAAGGGACUAUAUUUGGCCCAUCCAUGGCCAUCUGCGGUGCCAUGCUUACUGGUAAAGAUUUGCCGGAUAAUAUGGCGUAUCCCAAUGCAGAUGCUCCUGUCAUGUUGGAUGAGAAAAUAUCGAAGGAUGCAGCUAUCUUCCAUCAGCUCACCACCUCACGAGUCACGACGGACUAUGUCAAAAACCAGUGGUAG